AUCUUAACGUCAAAGCCUGCAAGCCCUUGGUUCCCUUAGUUCUCCUUUUGGAGCUCCGUUCAGAUCCAGAGCUCUUCCAAACCCAAAAUUUCUCCCAAAAAAAAAAAAAAAGAAAAAAAAAACAAAUCUCCGACCUUAGGGUUCUGAUUUUCCCGUCAUCAAAGCUUGUAGGAUUAGCUUAGCUUGGACAAAGCAAGAUGGGAGGUGGAUUUCGGGUGCUUCACUUGGUCAGACCUUUCCUUUCAUUUCUACCCGAAGUUCAGAGCGCUGAUAGGAAAGUUCCAUUCAGGGAGAAGGUCAUCUAUACCGUUAUCUCUCUCUUCAUUUUCUUGGUAUGCAGUCAGCUACCUCUUUAUGGCAUACACUCUACAACGGGGGCAGAUCCAUUCUACUGGAUGCGUGUCAUCCUUGCUUCAAACCGUGGGACUGUCAUGGAGCUUGGAAUCACACCAAUUGUGACAUCUGGACUUGUGAUGCAACUCCUUGCAGGAUCUAAAAUUAUUGAAGUGGACAACAAUGUUCGUGAGGAUCGUGCACUCUUAAAUGGAGCACAGAAAUUGUUGGGCAUAUUGAUAGCUGUUGGUGAGGCGGUUGCAUAUGUUCUCUCUGGAAUGUAUGGAAGUGUUGGCCAACUUGGAGUUGGAAAUGCCGUUCUUAUCAUCAUUCAGCUUUGUUUUGCGGGUAUCAUUGUGAUAUGCUUAGAUGAGCUUCUUCAAAAGGGUUAUGGUCUAGGCUCUGGAAUUUCUCUUUUCAUAGCAACCAAUAUCUGUGAAAAUAUUAUCUGGAAGGCGUUUAGUCCCACCACUAUUAACAGUGGCCGUGGAGCUGAAUUUGAAGGUGCCGUUAUUGCUCUGUUUCAUCUGCUGAUAACUCGAACAGAUAAGGUUCGUGCCCUCCGUGAGGCUUUCUACCGGCAAAAUCUUCCAAAUGUAACAAAUCUGUUGGCCACAGUCUUGAUCUUCCUGAUAGUGAUCUACUUCCAAGGGUUCCGUGUGGUUCUGCCUGUGAGGUCAAAGAAUGCCCGUGGACAGCAGGGUUCUUAUCCUAUUAAGCUGUUCUACACCUCCAACAUGCCCAUUAUUCUACAGUCUGCACUUGUAUCCAAUCUCUACUUCAUCUCCCAGUUGCUGUACAGGAGAUACAGUGGAAAUUUUCUUGUGAAUCUCUUGGGUAAAUGGAAGGAAUCUGAAUAUUCAGGUGGUCAAUUCAUUCCUGUCGGUGGUCUGGCUUACUAUAUCACUGCUCCUUCAAGCUUAGCUGAUAUGGCAGCCAAUCCCUUCCAUGCUUUGUUCUAUCUUGUAUUUAUGUUGUCUGCAUGUGCACUAUUCUCAAAAACAUGGAUUGAAGUUUCUGGGUCAUCUGCAAGAGAUGUUGCAAAGCAGCUCAAGGAACAACAAAUGGUGAUGCCUGGACACCGUGAGUCUAACUUGCAGAAAGAACUGAACCGCUACAUCCCUACAGCUGCUGCAUUUGGAGGCAUGUGCAUUGGUGCACUUACAGUGUUGGCAGAUUUCAUGGGAGCAAUUGGUUCAGGAACUGGAAUUUUGCUUGCUGUCACAAUUAUUUAUCAAUACUUCGAGACAUUCGAGAAAGAAAGAGCGAGCGAGCUUGGCUUCUUCGGUUUUUAAUCUUAUUAGACAUCAUGGUUUAAACAUGCAAUAGCUCCCUGACAAUUUUUGGUGUAAUGAGAGACGUAAGUUGGUCCAAUUUAACACCAAGGGCUUCAAGCUCAAAGAUUAGGGUAGUUUGUUAUUACUGUCUUUAUGAGAAUUCGGAUAAUUUUUGAUAUUUUUGAACAUAUUGCUGUUUUUUUUUUUUUUUUCUCCUUUCUCCCUUCUGUUUAUUUUUCCCUCUCUGAUUUUAAUUUUUAAAUUACGUCUGGAUCUAUGUAACGUUCUAGAUACUGUGAAGAAGGCAGAAGUUUAAAAGGAAUAGACUAGUACUUUCCCAUUCUCGGUUUGGGAUUUUGGGUU